AGAAGCUGCAUGCAUGUAAUCGUACUAGAAAAACCGGUUAAAAUACCUAAUAAUUAGCCCGUUACUUCAAAAAAGUGGAGCAGGAGUGUCUUAUUUAAUGUUGUUUUCAAUUUUCACUUUUAGAGAAAGCGUCAUUGAUCCACUUAACCACUCGUCUUGGUCGAGUUGAUAUUUCUGGGUACCAUAACUUUUAGGAUAAUCAUCGAUUGGUAAUUAAAUAUUAUUAUCAGACUCUGGCUUCGUUCAUUUUGAUUUUUCUGGUUCACUGAUGAGGCUCGUAUUAAUUGAACCAUUGCAAUAUUCGAGUUUCAUAAUACCUACUUGAGAUAAAUUUUGAACCAACAGAGAACAUGGAAUUAAAAUUUAGACAAUUUGUCGAACUUGAAUACGUUGGCUCGCGUAAGGCUGAAUAAUUCAGCUGUGAAAAAAUGAAUCCAUUGAUUUUUUCCAUUUUGUGUGUCUUCGUAACUGAAGUUCGGUCAAAAAAAGCUUUACUUUUCAAUUUGAAAACCAGAGCUUUGGACGACGUUUGUCAUGAAAAUGGCGACAAAAAAUGUCCCUCUUAUUUAACCGCAUGCCCUGCGUCCACUCCUCAAGAGAAACAAUUCAACGAAAAUAUCUCUCUAUCCAAACACUGUGUUUUCUCGCGGCUAAUUUAUGCGGAAAAUGAAUCAGAGAGGAAUAUUAUUUUGAAUUUUUGUGAGAACCCAUUCGAGCCUGUGAUGUUGUAUGAUUUAAGACACGAUGAUUACGAAAUCGGAUAUGAGCUUUAUUUUGAAGAUGGGAAAAUUAGUAUGACGGAUAAAACCUAUCAAUAUUAUAAAUCGGUGAUCAGGAAAAAGUCCAAAUCUGAAAUUAAGAAUGAAACAAUAUCUGCCAACGCAUCUGGAUUUGUAAUAAGUUACGAAGAUGAGAAAAACGUGAAAUUCAAUUUCACAGACGGAUCACGGACGCUGGCUUUUUAUUGGAUAAAAGUUCUAUCUAUAAAAUGUUCGAAACAAGGAAAGCGCAGCAACAGUCAUUUUUCGUAUAGUUACCUCGAUUACCUGUAUUUAUCCUCUCAAAAUCCGACUGAUGAAUGCGCAAAUUAUGGACUCAGCGACGAUAAUGUGUACUCAAAGGAAAAUCAAAAAAAAUGUUUAAAGGACAUUUCAGCUCCACCUGCUUUAUUCGAAGGAAAUCCUGAUUUAUCGUGUGGGCAACCUUACGGCUGUUUUGUUAGAUCGCCAAUGAUACCACUAUGGCAUUUUAAGUCAAGUGCAGCUAGGAUUGCCAGUUGCUCGCAUAUGAGCAGUAUACCGGUUUGGAAAAGCAUCGCAGAUGGAAAUUUAAGGAGAGUUGACCUUUUCUUAAUUGCAGCUUGUCAGCACUUGGAUGGAGAUGUGAUUUUUGGCGUGAGUGGCGUUUUAAAAAUGAAAACAUCAACCGGUAACAAUGUAACCCGAAAAAUGUCCCUAUCAACUUCUAAACACAAUCGAGCCAUAACAAUUCCGGGAAUACUAUACAGAAUUUUUCGAAUCAAUUCGAGAAAACAGGAUGGUGAUCCGCAUGUCGCCGCAAUCAUAAUCCAUAAUGAUCCCGCUGCUGACCCAAAAACUGAUACGCUAUGUUCGGAAACUCUAUCAGGAUGGUAUAAAAUAGACAACGAUGAUGUAAAAACGGGGUUAACAUACGUUUGCCCUAUGACAUUCGAACUGAAUAAGAAAUUUGGCGCUUAUGAUGGCAUUACAAUGUAUGAUAUAGAACCCUUGAAUUUGGAUGCAAUUCCUUAUUAUUACAGUUAUACGUACCCGAGCGUAGACGAAAAUGAGGCGGAAACUAUUAAUUCAUACUUUGAAAAUUUAUUGAAACGAUACUCAGAGUGAAUUUACUUCCUACAUUUGAUGGUAUGAUUCUCAAUAAUGUAGUCCUGUUUUUUGUUCAUCUGUUAUUUUUCUUUUGAAAGUUGAAAGUAGAAUAUCGAAGAUUCUUUUGCAAGACAAUGAAGUGUCAUUUGAAUUGAAUUAUGUGAUUCUGACUAUAUGGCAUCAAUUAAUUCAUUAUUUUCACGUUA